CUUUGCUUCUCUUGAGGGCGGUGUCAAGUAGUUAGCUAGCCGGUAGACGGAGAUUGUUGAUAUCUGAGGCAAAAACUAAAUAAACAAAUAAAAUUUUAGCAAUAGUCUUCGAAAAUGGGCACUCGAGAUGAUGAAUACGACUACUUGUUUAAAGUUGUACUAAUCGGAGACUCAGGUGUUGGGAAGAGUAACCUGCUGUCACGUUUUACAAGAAAUGAGUUCAACUUGGAGAGCAAAAGUACAAUAGGGGUGGAGUUUGCUACCCGCAGCAUCCAGGUGGAUGGAAAGACCAUAAAAGCUCAAAUCUGGGACACAGCUGGACAAGAGCGCUACAGAGCAAUUACUUCAGCGUACUAUCGAGGUGCAGUCGGGGCUCUCCUUGUUUAUGACAUUGCCAAGCACCUUACAUAUGAGAAUGUGGAGCGCUGGCUGAAGGAGCUCAGGGACCAUGCUGACAACAACAUUGUCAUCAUGCUGGUCGGAAACAAAAGUGACCUCCGUCACCUCAGGGCUGUGCCCACUGACGAGGCUCGGGCCUUCGCAGAAAAGAACACUCUGUCAUUUAUUGAAACUUCCGCUUUGGACUCCACCAAUGUAGAAGAGGCUUUCAAGAAUAUUCUCACAGAAAUCUACCGCAUUGUGUCCCAGAGGCAAAUAUCUGACAGAUCUGCACAUGAUGAUUCUCCGGGCAACAAUGUUGUGGACAUAAGCGUCCCCCCAACCAUGGAUGGGCAGAGGGGCAACAAACUCCCUUGCUGCCAAAGCCUGUGACCCUCACAUUUUUCUUUCUUUCUUUGUCUUUAAAUCUUUUACAGUUUGUUUUAGCUGUCAUGCUGCUCUUAUAAUGUUCUCUUAGUUUCAAAAGGUUCAAACUUCAAGACUCUUAAAUCUGACAUUCCUUUUAUCUGUUUUCCUUGUUGUUUGUCUUCCUCUGAUUUCAGAGGAACCUGUCUUAAAUAUAUCACAGCCUCAGGGUAGCCAGGGGGAGGGGUGUAAAGCUACAAGGAGGUUGAAGCUGUAGUAAACUACAAUCCCUUUUUAAUUCACCAGAUGAUGAUCCUAUUGACCCACUCCUGUUGAGGGCUGGUGAGGGAUCAGCAGACCUGCUCAUCAAUGCUCCAAGCUGUUUCUGCUUGCUUCCUGUUCUCAGCCUGCAUAUAGACUAAUGUCAUGGUCUGCCACAGUGGAAACUUUUCAUUUCAUGCGUGCUUGACCUGAUUCUGUCUAUCCUGCUGUAGAAGAUGAUCUCAGAGGAAGGGACAUUUGGAGUACUGUUGUGUAGUUUGGAGUUUCCGGUUGCUACUUUGAGCCCUUCGCCCACUCUGGCAUGAAAUUAGCACUAGCCAGUGACCAAACUGUGCUGUGACUGACUGACUUAAUAUGGGCAAGUGUGGUAUGCUUAUGAAUGUGUGUGUGCGUGUGUAUUAAUCAUAGUGCACAAAGAUACCAAAGGAGAAGAUGCGUAUGUAAUAAGUAAGUUUUGGCUUUUGCCAUUUAUUUGUUUUUCAAACUGCUGAGUCCAGCCUGUUUGCAAAAAAUGUGUAAUGCUCCAUAGGAGAUGAAUUGUUAUUGAUUUUUGCUCUCUGAUUGACUGUUUUGAAGACCAUCCAGUUUGUUUGUUUUAGCUCAGGUCAAAUUUAAUCCGGCUCUUAAUGAAAAUAGUUACUGCACUAAUGUCCAAAAAUUUCAGUUGAGCAAAUUCUCAUACAGACACAUCAACAUCAUAAAGAAACACUGUUUAUUUUUGAAAGGUGGAAACUGAUAACAGCAAAUAUAAAAACCCACUAUAAAUGGUGUUUUUAUUUAAAUCAAACUUAGCUGUCAGUUGAAUGUAUUUGUUGAGGGGGGCUGGAUAACAAGGUGUUGCAUCUGAAAAUGAAAACCAUUAAAGAGCGCUCUCUAACACUUUCGCUCUGGACACUUGAAUAGUUGCAAACUGAGAAAAAGGAACUGAAAUUCACAAAUGCAAAUUUAUUAAAAGCUAUAUACAAUGCCUUUUUUCACCCAUCUGGUUAGAUAUGCUUUGCAUGAUUUAUUCGGUGCUUUAUGUGAUAGUUCACAUUUCAUUGAAAUGUAUGCAAAGUGUGCACAUAAGCACGUUGUGCUUUUUUUUUUGCAUCACUUAAAGUAUACAGAAACAAUAAUAAAUGUAUUCCACAUCA